GGGGGAUGGAGGUGUGAUGCAGUCAGAGUGUGCUCGCUAUCUAAGUUCUGUUUCUGACCUUUACGUUGGGGACGAAGUGUCAGUACUCCUGGAGGAAAUACGGGAGCUGGAAGGCCCCGGGCCGGGCCCGGAUGAGUUGCAAGAUUUUGAGAUAGCAGGGAGUCAAACAGGUGGUGUAGAUACUCCUGUUGAUGUCACAACUGUUCAUUCUUGGGACUCCCAUGCUCAUUACAAGCAUCAUCUGCCAGGCUCCUCCCCCACCCAUUCAAUAUUUUCUGGUGUUGUUCUGUAUUGUGAUGACUCACAUCUUAAAACUUCAACUGGUAUCAUCCGCCUUCUGCUGGUGGUAUCAUCGGUAGCAUGUUUAGCAUGCUUAUGUUCAUCUGGCACUGUCAGUAUUAAAUUGUUUAUGUUGCCUCAAGCUGCAAGGUUGAGGCUUAUGAUGUUCAGUACUGUCUUCAGUGUUUUGAUAACAUUGCUCUUCCUCUUCUUAGACAUAUCACAUGUUGUCUACCUCUUCCCAUUUAAUUGGGGGAAAUUUAAUGCAAUAGUAUAUUUGGUUUUAAGCUUAUUAUAUCUUUUGAGUUCCUCUUUACUUCUUCACCUGCUCAAUAUGUAUGCAGAAAGAUACCACUGGGUGCCAAAAUGGACGAAUCAGCAACUUCUAGUCACUGGUAUAUUAGGAUAUGUUUGUGCCUUGGAAGCUUUAGUUCUUUGUGUAGUGAGUAAAUGCGAAGGUGGUCAAUAUUCUCCAGUUGAAGAAGACCCAAGUAGCAUGACUUUACAAGAAAGGCAUGGAAUUACCCGAGACUCUCCUACUCCCACUACACUGCCUUCGGGUCAUACUUCAGCCCCCUCGGCUACUGCUCCUCUUUUAUAUGAUGUACAGCCAUGCUCCUCUAAACAUGAUCCCUACCAUUUGAUGGCAUGAUACAUAUAUUAUGAAAUCUUUACGGAGCACUGCCAUUUAUUGACCUAUUGAAUCAGUCACUGCCUGUUUAAAAAAUAAAAGAAAUAAGUUUAUCAUCCUUGCCAUAACUGUAAAUACUUAGAUCAUUGCUCAUUACAGUCAAGUGAGAGAAACAAUUAGUUGGUGAUUACUUUUAAUUUGUUGAUAAAAUAUGUUUUAGUUUAAAAUUAUAUAGUUAGUAAUAUUUAUAACAAAAACUGAAAAAAAAGUUUUCAGUUAGUUACUUUCAAAAUAUUUAAUUUUAUUCUUAACCCAUCAGUGUCCAGAGUUUUUUAUUUUAAAAAAUACCAAACUACCAAAAUGGAAUUUGAUUUUAAAUGAAAAAACAAUUAGUCAUUCUAUACUUAAGUGAUCCCUUUACAGUUUGAAAGAACGCUUAUAUGGCAAUGUUCCUGGUCAGUGAUGGGUUAAGAAAGCAGUUUUUGAAUGUUACCAAUCAUUUAGGUUGGUUCUAAAGUAGUAAUCACUUAGACAACUCUUAAAUUAUACUUUACUUAAUUUUAAAUAAUCUUUUACUUUUCUACGUUACUGCCUCUUUUCUUGUGCUUACUAACUCAUUCACUCAAUACUUUUAUGUAUAAAUAUAUAUAUUAAAUAUAAUGACAUAUCUGUUAUUGUGACGAAUAGUUCCACCAAAUCCACAUUUUUUAUAGCUUUAACGGUAUGUUUUUUAUCAGUUAUAUCAAUUGCGCUUAAAUAAUGUUUCUCUUGCUUUAAACCAAUGUUUUAAAAGGGAAAGGUGAUCCAUUUCCAUUUAGUUUGAUUAUUUACUCAUUAAUUUUAUUAGUUGCUGCUGUUUUCAAAAUGGUAGACAAGUAUCAGCUUAGCUAUAGAAUUGAAAAUAAGUCUCUCUACCAAUUCUUUAUUUCAGAAAAACGGAUGCUUAAUUGAAGAUCUAGUUAAAGGAGCUUCCUUAAAUGUAACUAAAUACCAUUUACCUCCCCAAAAAAAACUUUGAGCUAUUGCUGAAUGAAAAGUUUUCAAAUCAAAAGAAGUCCCAACAUUUCUCUCUCUGAUCCCUGGUUUUGCUGUGAUGAUGCCUCUAUCUAUAGGUAAAAGCAUUGAUUGGUUAUCUAUUAACUGUUACUUCAGAGACAUAAGGCUUUGUGUUGAAAUCUUCCAAUAAUAACCUAAUAUUAAAUUAUUUGAAUCCUAGGUUUCUUCCUGUGCAGGUUCGUAGGACUUAUUGUUUCUACCUACCCACUAGUGUCAUGGGGAUUGCUAGGUUUUGCAUCUGUUAUUUAUAUGGAUAUUUAGUUAUUCUUCUGACAACUAUUUUGUACUCACAAGAUCAAACUGCUGUUCCUAAUUACUUUGGAAAUUAAAACUAGGUAGUAGAUGUUCUAGCAAUCAAAAAUUUAUUCCACAGUUUUUUCUAUAUGUUACCAAUAAGUUAAUUCUGUUCGAUUAUUUAAUCCAUAAUAGUAUCAUCCCUGUAAUAUUUAAUUUUUUUUCUUACCAUAUUUUUAUUUCGCAU